AUGGCUUCCUCUGACGAAGAGGAAGGAGAUGAAGGAAGAAAUCAACGAAGUGGGGGUGAACAAGCCCUCAAAUUAGUUUUGCUUGGUGAUAGUGGUGUUGGAAAAACAUCGAUAUGUUCUAGACUUGCUCAACAUACUUUUCCACAAAAAUAUAUUCAAACAUCCGGUGUGGAUUUUUAUUCAAGAAGGGUUCAACUACGUCAACAAAAUUCUGUACUUCUUCAGCUUUGGGAUGUCGGUGGACAUAAUCUAGCUUCACCCUCAAUGCUCAAUACAUAUAUUUUUGGAGCUCAUGUAAAAAUCUUCAAAUUAUUUUUUAAUUUUACUUAUUUUAUUUAA